AUGGCGACGAGCGAAUCCUUGUCCUCGCCCAAGGUUGUCUUUGGGGUCCAACAUUUGUCCGAAAGUGGCAUACAAAAGAUCCCGGAGGUCUUUGUGAGGCCCCCCUCAGAAAGGCCGAAUUUCAAAGGCGAUGCUGAUGUUGUAGUAGAAAUUCCGGUUAUUGACAUGAGUGAAUUAUUGCAUUCUAGUACGAAGGAAAAGGCGAUGGCGAUGUUGGAUAAGGCUUGUAAGGAAUGGGGUUUUUUUCAACUAGUGAAUCAUGGAGUGAAUAGUGAAUUGAUGAGUCGUAUGAGGGAGACAUGGAUCGAUUUCUUCAAACUAUCGGUCGAGGAGAAGCGCAAAUAUGCGCCGGACCCGAUCACGAAUGAAGGGUACGGUAGCCGAGUUGGUGUGAGUAAGAAACAGACAAGUGAUUGGGGUGACUAUUUCUUUCUUCAUUGUUUUCCUGAAAAAGCUCGAAAUCAAGAGAAAUGGCCCUCUUUGCCUCCUUCCUUAAGAGAACUGAUAGUAGAGUAUUCUGAACAAGUAUACAAACUGAGCCAAACCAUACUGAAAAUGUUCUCAAUAAACUUGGGGCUAGAAGAGUCGUACAUUCCCGACGCUUUCGGCGGCGACGAAUUAGUCGCAAGCAUGCAAGCAAACUAUUUCCCAAAAUGCCCCCAACCCGACCUGACAUUCGGGCUCUCCCGCCACUCCGACCCCGGGGGGGUCACUUUCCUCAUCCCCGACUACAACGUUAAAGGCCUACAAGUCCGGCGCGGCGACAAAUGGAUCACCAUAAACCCCAUUAAUGGCGCAUUCAUCGUCAAUUUAGGCGAUAAGCUCGAAAUUAUAUCGAAUGCGAUUUACAAGAGCGUGGAGCAUAGAGUAUUUGUGAAUUCAUUACAAGAGAGGUUCUCACUUGUCAUUUUCUUUAACCCUAAGUACGAUGUGGUCAAUAAACCAGCAGAUGAGCUCGUGACAGAAGAUCGGCCAGCCUUGUAUUUGCCCACAACCUUUCAAGAUUACAAGAAGUAUAUUAUGAUCAAGGGAGCUCAGGGGAAGUCUGAAUUGCAAGUAUUGCAGAAGAAGAAUUGA